AUGUCAGACGAUGAUAUUAAAACUUCCUUUCAUAUAAUUUGCCGACUUUUACCCAUCGUCUGCGUCUCCUUGUUUCGUCUCUCUGACUUUCGUCUGCUUUCCUUCAUUUACAACAGAAGGUCACAAUUUGGUCUUAAUUCUCGUCCGGAUUUCGCUACUUUCCUCUUCUCCCCUUUCCUUUUCCUUUUUUCCUCUUCUUUCUUUCUUUCUUUCUUUCUUUCUUUUCUUCUUUAUUUCUUUUUUUCUUUCCUUUUCUUUUUCCUCUUCUUUCUUUCUUUCUUUCUUUCUCCUUUCCUUUCCUUUUUCAUCUUCUUUUUUUCUUUCUUCCUUUCUUUCUUUUUCCUUUCUUUCUUUCUUUCUUUCUUUCUUUCUUUCUUUCUCCUUUCCUUUUCCUUUUUCCUCUUAUUUCUUUCUUUCUUUCUUUCUUUCUUUCUUUCUUUCUUUCUUUCUCCUUUCCUUUUCCUUUUUCCUCUUAUUUCUUUCUUUCUUUCUUUCUUUCUUUCUUUCUUUUUUCUUCUUUCUUUCUUUCUUUCUUUUCUUUCUUUCUUUCUUUCUUUCUUUUUAUUCUUUCUCUCUUUCUUUCUUUCUUUCUUUCUACCUCCAUUUUCUUUCUGGCUUUUCCCCCUCCCCUUUCCUAUUCUUUUUCCUCUUCUUUCUUUCUUUCCUUUUCCUCUUCUUUCUUUCUUUCUUUCUUUCUUUCUUUCUUUCUUUCUUUUACUCCUUCCUUUUUUCCUCCACUUUGUUACUUUCGGUCUUUCUUCCUUUCUUUCUUUCUUUUUGAGCUGGGAAUUAUUUCUCACGGAUUAA